AUGUUUGUGUUUAACUCCUCGGCCAAGCGUCGCAGGGAGGAGGAUGAGGUCUGCGGUCUUGAAGAACAACAUGAGAGCAAGAGACUCCGUUCCGAACCAUUUGUUUCCUCUCCUUCAACCGACCGUCUUUCCCUCUUCCCUCCGAAACCUCAGUUCCUUCCUCGCUCCCUCUCACCUUCCUUCACGCCUAUCGACUCAUCAGACGACGAAGCCGGAAAUGAGAACAAUCUGUCUAGUUCAUCUCGCCCCUGGCGCGAUCGACAGAGUCGUCGACCGCCUAUGCUUGCCCUGGACACUGCCAUGGAUGUCGACAUGGCCGAUCCUCACCCACUCAUAAACGGCGAUAACUUGUCCCCAUGGCCGGUCAGCGCAAGGAGCAGAGCAUGUGGAAGUGUCCAACCUUCGCCCAUACCCCACCAACUUAUCAAUCAAUCCCUCAACAUCAGCGGCGGGCGGACUGCCACACCCAUCUACGGUCACUUCACGUUGAAUAUGCAUCCUGACAAGAUGAUGGGAGAUGCUGGCAGCUUCGGGGAACAGGCGCCGGCCGUCAAGAGCCCCGGUCCCCAAACGGAAGAAGAGACGGAUUGGUGGCGACGUCGACGUCUUCCCAGCCCCAUCAGUGAGGGUGGAGAUGCUGUAGCUGAUCUUUUCAGAGGAGCUGAGACAAGCAAUGAAGGCUGCUCCAACAAGUCAGCGUUCCACAAGCCAGUUGUGCCAGAUUCACCGCCUUCGAUGGACGUUGACAACCAGUGUCCAUCGAGUCAAUGGUCUGGAACAAGCGCAGUGGAAGGUGGACCGGUGAAGAAUGCCACCGACCCUGUCGUCAAACGCAAUGCAUCCUCUGGCAAAGGGAAGGCCGCAUACAAUGACUCUCGUAUUCUCGAUUCUUGUUCUUCCUUUUGA